AUGACUGAUGAUUCUUUACUUUUAUUUCAUUCUACUACACCUUCUAAAACUCAAAAUGUUAUGAAGAACUUAGACUUACCAAUGUGGCUUAGUCUCAUUAGGAAUAUUGACGUUUCUGAGUCUGACCUACAGGGUGUAAUUGCAAAUUACUUGUUUAUCAACAUGUACGAGGAUACUUACAAGUUUUUCAUUGAAGAAACUCAAUAUGAAGGCAGUAAAUUUAAGCCAUCUAUAUCGCAAAGAAAGUAUAUUAAAAAUUCAAUAUUAGAGGGGCGGAUUAUGGAUGCAAUAGAUCGCAUAAAUCAAAUUGAUUCAAACAUUUUAAAGGAGAACAACAAUCUCCUGUUUGUACUAAUGCUUUAUAGGCUAGUUGAUAUCAUAACUUCGGGUGACUUGUCAGCUGCAGUUAAGUUUGCUAAGGAGAAUGUAUCAACUUGUAUUAAGAAAGAUCCUAAUCUGCUGAGUAAAUUGGAAGAAGCCAUGUCUUUGUUGGCCUUCCAGGAUCUUAAGUCUCCUGAGGCUUUGGAAAUUAUUAAAAGGAUCCAAAAACCUGAUGAAAUAUCCGUUUUGGUUGACAACUCUUUGAUUGCAUACUAUAACUUGGACCCAAAGCCUAUUCUUGAAAACAUUGUCAAGGAGACUUUAUGGGUUGAGUCCCAGUUGGAAUCCAAGCCGAAUUCCUAUAGUUUGAAGCUACAUGAUGUCAGUAGAUGCGGCUUCAAGUUAACUCCCAAUACUUAA